CGUGGCUCAUGACUUUUAUUUUUAUAUUUCAUCGACGUCACCACUUUUAUGGGUCACGGUUUUUUGAGUUUAUGCAACGACGAAGAGUCAAAGGCCAGAACUUCCCACAUCUUGAGGAAUAUUUGAUGCUAUGAUGGUGAUUGUUGCUAUUGUUGAACAUGCCAGGCUGUUGAUACCUGAAAGAAACGGGACAUUAUAACUCUUCGUUGCUGGUCGGUGGGGUCGUAUUGUAUCUACUGGUGACGGACAAUAUGGAUCCUACAGAGUACCUCCUUGACAACGGCUGGCUGCCGUUGCCCGUGAUCCGCAUCGGCAUCAGGAGACAGCUGGCGCAGCGCGUGAGGAUGAUCAAGGCGGAAUCAAUGUCCGAGGCGUACGACCGGAAGAUGUCUUACGUGGCGACUUUACGCCAACGGCCCAUAGCUGUUGAGGUUGACAAGGCAAACACCCAGCACUAUGAGGUCGGCACGUCGGUGCUCCAGGCCUGUCUCGGUCCCCUCAUGAAGUACUCGAGCUGUCUGUAUCCGACCGGCGACGAGACCCUGGCCCAAGCCGAGGUCGCCAUGCUCGAGACCUACGUCCAAAAGGCGGACCUCAAAGACGGCCAGGACAUCCUCGACCUGGGCUGCGGAUGGGGUAGUACCUCGCUGUACCUGGCCGAAUUGUUCCCCAACGCCAACAUCACGGCGUUUUCAAACUCACGCACGCAAAAGCUGUAUAUCGAUGAGCAAGCCAGAACAAAAGGCUUGACGAACCUGAAAGUCGUCACGGGCGACGUGGUGACGUACGAGUUCGCGCCAGACUCCUUCGACAGGGUAGUCUCGAUCGAGCUGUUUGAGCACAUGAAGAACUAUAGCUUGCUCAUGAAGAAAAUCGCGCGUGCACUGAGACACGGUGGGAAGCUGUUCGUGCACAUCUUCAGUCACAAGGACUCGCCGUAUGAUUUCGAGGAUGGCUGGAUGAGUACCCAUUUCUUCACGGGAGGUACGAUGCCUUCGGCCGAUCUGUUGCAUUUCUUUCAGGACGAUCUCACGCUGAGGAAACAGUGGUGGGUCAGUGGGAAACACUAUGCAAAGACUUGUGAGGAUUGGCUGAGCAAGAUGAAUGCCAGCAGAAAUGAUAUUUGGCCGGGCCUGAGGGAGACAUAUGGCAAACAAAAUGCGGCCAUGUGGUUCUACCGCUGGCAAAUAUUCUAUAUGGCGUGCGCAGAGCUUUUCGCGUGGGACGGUGGUGACGUUUGGGGAGUAAGCCAUUACUUGUUCGAGAAGAUUGGUGAUGGGAAGCAGGGCGAGUAUCUGGAGCAUUGACAUCACGGGCUUUAAAGAUCUUUGUAUUCCAUCUUGAAGGUAGUUGUCAUGAUGCCGCAGAAGGCGAGAUAUCGCCUUUCCUCAGCCGGGAAUCCUCUGGAAUUUCGAGGCCAUCUCUUUUUCAGAACAUAAA